GGAGGUUCGCUACGAAUGCAAGGCGGAAAGCUGCUGUGGAGGAAUCAAUCAUCUCCAUUUGUUAUGUGCAAAUCAAGUGCUACGGAACGACACCCAAACAUCGCGUUGGAACCUAAACAAGCUACGUUCUCAUGGACAGAGCAAUGGUACCCCGUCGGAUUUCUCGUGGACCUCCCUGCCACAGAGCCAAUUCCAUUUUCCCUCUUCGACACCAAGCUUGUCGUCUGGUGCGGCAAUGGUCGUUGGGGUUGCAUGGCGGAUGAGUGCCCCCACCGCAGAGCGCCACUCAGCAGAGGUCGCCUCUAUGAGGAGACCCCGAGACAUAGGCAGCCACCGGUGGCGGCGGCGGCGGCGCCGCCGGCGGCCACUGGCUGUGCCGCCGCCAGCAGCGACGGGGAUGGCCGCCGCGGCCGCACGUUCCUGUUGGAAUGCGCGUAUCACGGUUGGCAGUUCGAUGGCAAAGGCCGUUGUGUACGACUGCCGCAGAUGUUGCCGCCCGGCUACAGCCCUCAUUCCACUAACAAUAAGCAACCUGCUACUCCGGCUGCUAAGCUCGAGGCGUACCCCACAGCGGUGGCGCAGGGCAUGUUGUGGGUUUGG